AUGGUUUUUCAAGAGUCGUACAAACGAAUUAUCAUACUCGGCUUAGAUGGUGUAGGUAGGUUUUUAACAGAAACCGAAACACCCAAUAUUGAUGCUUUCUUCGCCUCGGGUGCAAGUUCAUUAAAAGCCAAGGCAGUGGUACCAACGGAUAGUGCGGAAAAUUGGGGUUCCUUAUUACAUGGGGUUCUUCCUCAUAAACAUGGAUUAAGAAAUGGAGAUGUGGACGCGGGAAUUCCAUAUGAUGAAAAUAAUCCUUAUCCAACUUGGGAAUCAAUUAAUACUGGUAUCAUCGAAUUAUCGGUCAAAGUUGAUUUAUAUGCACCUCUCACUCAUGAAAAUUUUUUUUUUAAAUGGUGGCUACGAUUUAAACAUAAAAUUAAAAAUUCGAUUUUCGAUUAUUCGGUGGUUUCAAGAUUAGUCGAUUAUAUUCAUGAUCCAAAAAAUCGAGAUGUCAAAUUGAUCUUCGUUCAUUUAACCGAUGUAGAUGAAUAUGGUCAUGGUCAUAAUUAUGGAUCUCAAACAUAUUUGGAACAAAUUAAAGUUUUGGAUUCACAUAUUGGAAAAAUUCUCGAGGCGAUCGAUAAAGAAGGUUGGAACGAUGAUUCUUUGGUAAUAAUGACAACUGAUCAUGGAGGUAUUGGUACAUCUCAUGGAGGAAAAAGUGAUGAGGAGGUUAAUGUAUUUUUGGCGGUUCGCGGUGAGGGGAUUGAACCAAAUUCAAAAAUCGAAAGUGAAGUGUGUAAUAUGGAUUGUGCAGCUUUGAUCGUUAAAGCAUUAGGAAUGGAAAUUCCUGAAUGGUUUGAUGCUAAAUUGCCGAUCGAAUUUGCUUAG